CUGCUUGUCCGCUCAGCUGUGGCAGAGACCAAGAAACAUUAUACCUACUUCUCUACACCCAAGCAAUAUCUAAAAUAUGCCCCACCAUCGUGAGUUAAUGAGCAGCUCUCUUCAUUACCCCCGGCAGCGCACCGUGUCCCGCGCGUAGGACGCCAAGAACAGGACAUCCAAUAUCCCCCCCAACAUGGGUAUUUCAGAGGACUCUUUCGUUUAUGCGCUGAGCUCCAACCAGGCUUGGGCCGGCUACAAAGCCCACCAGAAUCCUGACUUCUUUCCAAGGUUAGCGACAGGGCAGUCACCUGAAAUCCUAUGGCUCGGCUGCUCCGAUUCGCGCUGCCCUGAAACCGUCAUCCUCGGCUUGCAGCCCGGCGACGUGUUCGUUCAUCGCAACAUUGCCAACAUCAUCUCCCCUACCGACAUCAAUACGUCCGCCGUCAUCGAGUAUGCCAUCGACCAACUCAGGGUGAAGCAUGUGGUGCUAUGCGGGCACUCGGCCUGUGGCGGCGCGGCAGCAGCGCUCAGCGACCAGCGCAUAGGGGGCGUGUUGGAUACAUGGCUCACCCCGCUCAAAGCGAUACGCAAUGCGAACAAAGAUGAGCUGAUGGCCAUUCGUGACGAGAAGGCACGGAUCGUCCGGCUCGCUGAGCUGAACGUCGAGGCAGGCAUCAAGGUGCUCAUGGCCAAUAUGACGAUUCAAGAGGCGAUCCGGGACAGAGGGCUGCAGGUCCACAGUACUCUGUUCGAUAUUGGUUCGGGACGGAUCCGCGACCUAGGAUUCGGAACAGCCAAGGGCGGCGCUAAGCGCGGGUCGAGCGCCACCAACGGGACUGAUGUCGUCCGAGGCAAUCAUGGCAUGCUUGUCUUCAGGAGUGACGGCGCCAGCAUGCACGUACAAUGAAAGGGUGGAAUGAUUCUUUUUUUCUUUAUCUUUUCGGGAGCAUGGCGGGAUUUUGUGGCGAUUUCAACACGCUGGUAUAUAUCGCAGACUACCGUCUAGCCCGUCGCUUGACUCGGCGGUUGGGUGUCAAUCAGCUUG